AUGCCAAUUCCAAACAAGGCAGGUGAACCGGAUUUCAAGCUGAAAGUUGAACCCGCCGACAAAAUAGUUAUCAAGUUCAAGAUGAACGAGGAGUCGAUCGUCCCCCUGACGAUCACAAAUCCAUUGAAGGAUCGCAUUUGCUACAAGGUCAAAUGCACCGACAAUGAGAUCUUCCGUGUUCGUCCCCCACUUGGCUUCAUCGACGCUGGAAAAAGUUCAACGGUGAAGAUUUCGCUGAAGGCUAAAGCUGGAAUGGACACACACAGACACUUCUUUGCCAUUUAUCACCUCACCAACAAUCCGCCUGCGAAUCAGAAGAAAGAAGCUGAAAAGGCGGCUGAAAAAAACUGUAGAGCUCUUUGGAAACCGGAGACGAAACCCGAUGGAGUUAUCAGAUUGCAAGCGGUUUUGGAGAAUGAGGACGAGGACAAGGAGAAAAAGGAGGAAGAAAAAGAGGAGAAGAAGGAGGAAAAGAAGAACGAGGAGAAAGAAGAGAAGAAGGAAGAUAAGAAAGAAGAGAAAAAGGAAGAGAAGGAGGAGGAUAAAAAAGAAGAGUAG